CUUCUACAGCUCCAAGAGGACGGUACCAGGAAGCCGGUGUACUAUGCAUCUAGAUCCCUCUCAGAAACUGAGAAAAGGUACGCAGUCAUUGAGAAAGAAGCCCUGGCUGUGACAUGGGCUUGUGACAAGUUUUCCGACUACGUACUCGGAAUGAAGUUUACAGUGGAAACGGACCACAAGCCGUUAGUACCCCUUUUCACUUCAACUGAUCUCUCCAAAAUGCCACCACGCAUCUUAAGAUUCAGAAUGCGUCUCAUGAAGUACGAACUCGACGUCGUAUAUGUACCCGGCAAGGAACAAAUUACCGCAGACACGUUGUCACGCGCUCCUAUCGAGAAGAAUGUAAAUGAGAACAUAGAUCUUGUGGAGGAAGUGGAAAGCUUCACACAACAGAUCGUAGCAGGGCUUCCAGCAACGCCUAAGCGGCUGCAAGAUAUCAGUGAAGCCCAAGACCAGGAUGAAGUAUGCAGGAUGAUCAAGAAGUACUGCCUAGAAGGAUGGCCGGCUUACAUGCCAAGUUCUACCAUACUCCGUCCAUACUGGGAGAAUAAGAAACAUUUAACUGUGAUAGACAAGAUUCUACUAUAUGAUGACCGUAUUGUGAUUCCAGCAGGAAUGAGGCUGGAAAUACUUGACCUCUUACAUCAAGGACACCUUGGGAUAACAAAGACGCAAGCACGAGGCAAGAUGUCUGUGUGGUGGCCGGCGAUUACUACAGCGAUAACAGACAUGGUGACGAAAUGUUUUACGUGCGCUAAGAACAGACCAGUGCCCAAGGAGCCCCUGAUGCCAUCGUCAUUCCCAUCCAGGCCAUGGGAAAGACUAGCCGCUGAUCUCUUCGAUCUAAAGGGAAAGAAACAUCUUAUUGUAGUCGACUACUACUCAAGGUGGACUGAAGUUAAAGCACUUCCCAGUGAAUUGUCCGAGUCAGUAAUCAAAGCCCUGAAAGAAAUAUUUUCAACUCACGGAAUUCCAGACUUACUGGUGUCCGAUAACGGCCCACAGUUUGCUUGUAAGUCCUUCCAACUGUUUGCAAGUAACUACUGGUUCACUCAUAUUACUAGCUCGCCAACGUACGCAAGAGCAAAUGGCGAAGUAGAGAGAGCGGUACGUACUGUCAAGGAUAUCCUGAAAAAGAACGAUGAUCCCUAUCUCGGUCUUCUAGCAUACCGAACAGCACCUCUUCAAAAUGGCCUGGCGCCAUGCGCACUUCUGAUGAACCGCCAACUCCGCACCCAGGUACCAACCUUCCCUGACAAUUUACAACCAAACCUACGACUGAAAGACCUGGCAAAACUAGAUGCAAAAGAGGAACUUUACCGCAGCCACCAGAAAAGCAACCAUGACCGCAGAUACAAGGCAAAAGACCUACCAGAAUUUCAGAGCGGAGAGAAAGUUUGGAUUCGCGAUCAAGAUCGAAUGGGAAGAGUCCUCGCGGCAUCCUCGUCACCACGAUCCUACAUCGUUGAAACAGACAAGGGAACACAGUUUCGAAGGAACAGGGCAGCCCUAGUUUCAGCAGAUACCUGUGCGAAGACACCCGACACCCAACCAGAAGCCAACGUUGAGACAGAAAUGAAUAAAGGCUGAUAGUU